AUGGGUAAAAUCACCAAGACGAUGCAGUCCAAGCAUAGGGAGAACUUGUCUCCCUGGGUUAGAGACUAUGUUCUCGCCGCCGCAUCUACUCCGUUGCCCCUCAUUCCCGGAAAGCUUGACGAAUUCCCGACAAGAUGGCCGUUCCCGCGUGGAGACCUGUACCACUGGAUUCCACUCUUGAACCGGUUUGACAGCGUUCUCGAGGCAUACUGCGCCACAUACAAGCUGCAAGAGGGGUUUCAAAUGCGAGAUGUCGCGUGCGAUUUACUCUUGAAUAAGGGCACCCCGGUGGAGUACGCCGAUGAGCAGGCCUACAGCAAAGAGCGCCUGGUGCAGCUGGGCUACAAGGAGGACGGAGACCGCCAGCUCGUGAUCUCGAUCCUCACUUUCACCAAGGUGCUCCUCCAGCACUGCGGCAACCGGAGCAUAUACGCUAGCAGCCCACAUUUGAACGAUAUGCUCAACGCGACCGACCUCACCAUCGUCUACGCGACGCUUGAGGUUGGCCUAGAGCUUGCCCAGCGUUACCAGGCUUCGAUCAAACGUGUCGGUACUCCCAACCGUCAAGUGAGCAGCGCCUUGCUCGCGAACCAUUACAACAUUGACCUCGAAAGGGUGCAAUAUCUUGCCCAGCCUUUUGUUAAAACCCCGGUCUCGCCAGGUCCUCGGCUCCCAGACCUUCCGCCGACGACUCUAGGUUCGACAAGCAAGGGGAAAGAGAAGGCAUCCAGCUCGAGCCAUCGGAAUGCAGCAUCCGUGUAUGCCAACGACCUCAAUGCGAUUUUUGCUCCUUGCCCAGCCGAUGAUGCGCGCUGGACUGGCUGGGGCGAUGUCAAAAUCAUUUAUUAUCCGAAGUCCGAGGCCCCGGGGUCGGUCGCACCGGAAUCUCAUGCUGGAGAGGGCGGUUCGUCUUCGUCAGUCCCCGCGACCCCCACCCCACUCCGGCGUAGCUCGACCAGCAUAUCCCAAACCCCUCGCUCAAGGGGAGCUCCUGCCGCUGAAGACAGCCCUUCGAGCCGGAGCCGCGGACCGGGCGGCGAUGAGCAGGUUGUUUCAGGCCCCAAGUCCGUGGAGCUUCGCCAGACCAUGGUGCAAUCGACGUCCAUCUACGAACUUCUUAAACACUGCCCGACCGACAUGCCCAAGGUUGUACGAUACGAAUUUCUCAACCGGCUGAGAAUAUGCAAAGCGCUCCUGGGGUCACCCGAGGACCGGCAAUUGGCGCUGGCUGUCCGUCUGCUUGCCAUUACCAACCUGGCAUACAUCCAUCCCGAGGCAACGUUCAUCGAGAAAGUCCUGAAACAGGAUAAUGACGAGCCACGCAGGUACCAGCUCGUGUACCAGCUGGUCGAGUUGGUUCAUCCUUCGGUCGAUGGAGCUCCCGAAACACCCCUGCGCUUGCAGGCCAUCGCACUUGCAGCUUUGGAGUCCAUCACCGCCAUGCCGAUCAAGUACCCAGAGGUCGUUGCAGCGCUGAAUGCAAACGUUAACCACGGCAUUUUCCUGUAUCUCAUCCGGAAGGCAUUGGCAAGCAUGAAGGAGGACUCCGACGAGGUGGAUGAUGGGAAGGUGACUGAUGCCGACCACUGGCGCGGGAGCCUCUUCGCCUUGACUUUGCAAAUGGCUAUGGCUUCUCGCAUAGGCCACGAAAUGUCCUCUGCUGGCUUGCUCGAAAUCAUGGUCGACAUCCUCAACAUUCGAUCCAAGACAGCGACUCGCAACUACAGCAUGGUCCUUGCGUUCCUGGACACGAUCAUUUAUGGUUUUAACGGCGCCUUUACCGUGUUCAGCAAUGCCGGUGGCCUUGAUGCCAUCUCUAACCUCAUCAUUGACACGGUUGCUCGCUCAAAGGAGCUCGUUGCCGCCGGGCAGGGGAUGAAGCCCGAUUUCCACUCCCAUACGGUGGACUAUGAGAUCCCAUUCUACCAGCAGCAAGCACUGAAAUGGCUUCUCAAGUUCAUCCACCACAUAAUGACCAACGCUUUCUCGUUCGGGACAAACAUUGAUCGACUUUUGAGGAAUCUGGUAGACAACUCUGCCUUGCUAGGAAGCCUCCGUGCCAUUACCGAGGACAUGCAUGUCUUUGGUUCCUUGGUCUGGACCAAUGCUGCUGGCUUGUUGAGCGAUUUUAUCAACAACGACCCCACUAGCUUCGCUGCCAUCUCGGAAUCGGGUAUGAUCCAGAGCUUCCUCGAGACCCUUACCGGCAAACCUGUCACCUUGCCGAAGCCUUCCGAAACACCUAAACCAGAGCCCGAGGGGGAGGACGGUGCCUCGCCGGCUUAUGCUGACGAUUCGGUUACCUUGGAAAGCGAUGAGCGGCCGCACCCUCCGACCCAGGAGACGCUCGAGGCUCCCAGAGAACGCCUUGCCCCUGGUAUUCUUGCCUCCAACGAUGCCAUUAGCAUUAUACCCUCUAUCCUGAACUCUAUCUCGUUGAAUAACACUGGCAUGAAGAUGAUCGUCUCGUCGAAUGCCCUCGAGGUCUAUCUAGAGAUCUUCGAGAGCCCACAUCAUGUCCAGGCUCUGUCGGAAUCGGAUUUGGCCAACGUCGUUGGGGGCAGUUUUGACGAGCUCGCUCGUCACCACCCGGCUUUGCGACCAGCCAUAUCCAAUGCCAUCCUUGACAUGGUGGCCCGGGUCCUCCAUCUCGCGAAAAGCAAGGCUGCCAACGCAGGGUGGGGUGCGAAGGUCUCGGUUGCCGACUCCAGCGGCAAGGCUGUUACCGCAGAUGACUCUCUGUUGACGAGAGCGGAAUCGCCGGUUAUUACAGCCAAGGGAAAGGGAAAGUCCACCGCAGAAGACUCGGAUGUCGAAAUGGUCGACGCUGAUCCUGCGUCUGUACAACAACCCGAGUCUGACGCUGGGUCUAAGCCUAAAGCCACGGGCCCGUUCCAAGAGAUCACACUCUACAUUGGCGCCGUUUCGUCAUUCCUCAACGCUAUUUUCCACAACUCCAGCCUCAAAUCGUCAUUUGUUCGGGAUGGCGGUACUGAGCUACUUCUGCAGUUGUCGGAAGCAGCUGGUCUUCCUGGCGAUUUCGAGACGACUAGCGCGUCGCGCUCGCUCGCCCACGCGCUCGCGGCGGCGAUAGAGGCGAAUUCGAUCCUUGGUCUCCCAUCUUUGCUCAACCGGAUCCACGCCGCAAUUGAUGAUCUGGAACCGCUUCUGGGCAAGAAGGGGGCACAGCCCUUCUUUGCACCCUUCGUCGUUGCCAAUCUCUCGGUGCAAAACGACAAGGGAGAAUGGGAUCAGGAUUUGGUCCGCAAAGUGGCUGGUGGCACUCGAGUUGUGAAGGCUUUGGUAAAGUUGCAGAUCCUGCUCAGGACCCUCUACCAAAGCUUCCCGUAUUCCUCCCGACACGCAACGGUUUCGAUGCCAGCAGUCAAUGUCUUCGACUACUUGAUCUCCCUCGUCAACCGCCUCGGUCCACUCCUGCGCGAUGCUGCCACGGAAGACAUGGCCCUCGCUGCCCUUGUCCCGCAGCACUGGCUUGGGAAUCGAUCGUUUGCGGAUGACAGUGCGGAAACGGCCCCUCUACCUCCUACCUCCUCCGCUAACGAGGGCAACAAGCCUGAAGACACUGGUUCGGCCUCGGCGGACAAGUCAGCAGAGGUGUCGACGUCGCCUAAAGAGCCAACCAAGGAAGAACGUUCGACGACUCGGUUCCAAAACUAUAUCGUCAUUAGCCGCCUUCUCAACUCUCUACCCCCUAGCACCCUUCCUUUUUUCCAGACCGUUGGGAAGGUCUUGCUCCCCAGGCGAGGGCUCGACAACCACCUCAGAUCUCAUCACCUCAGCAUUGCACAGGCCUUGGCGGAAACAAUUCUCGAGCAGUUGAAUCUACCAGAGGAGCAGAAGCUGGCGGUUCGGGACUUGCGAUACUGGGACGUUAUGUUCGACGCACUGAACCAAAUGCUGAUUGAUCCGACGCGCCAGCCAGAUCGCACAUCCAUUCAGCUGGUCUUGCCUGUUUUGGUGGCGUUCAAAGACCGCGGUGGCAUUGAGCUGAUGAAUAUCAUGCUCCAGAGAUUUGCCGACGAGCUAUGUAGCGAGGCGCCUGAUGUCAAGGACGCUCAAAAGAUACAGCUCGUCACGACUGGGAUGAAAAAGAUACUCGAUAUUUACCACGUCAUUGUGAACGGCAAGAACGUCUACGAGUCUCUCGGACAAGCGAGCUUAUUCCCGCGGUCUUCGGACAGGAGCAGAGAUUUGGGGCAUCAGCUCGUCGUGGAGCUGAGGUUAGCUAUCCUCCCAGUUGCCCGAAAACUCUGGGAGUCCGACUUCGCAGAAAAGGCUCCAGCACCAACCCUGAGCAAGAUCAUUGAUAUCAUCAAGACCAUUGCGGCCGCCGACCAGGAGACGAAUGCAUGGCGCAAAACGGACAAGAACUCGCCGAUUUCUCUCUUCAAAAACCGCGAGCCCGUCCGGUUCAACUGGGCUGCGUAUGCUGUUCAUGUCAGGGACCUGGUCCAGUCGGGCUACAAUGAAGAGCUCGCUCGUGAAGCAGUUUAUCGGGCGAACGGGAAAUCAGAGUACGCGGCGGAGUAUUGUCGCGGUCACUCUAAAGAUUUGGCCGGAAAGCGUAACCCCAUACCUGAGCAGGACGCCUACCAGAGCCCGCCAUCGCCGCAAUUGCAAGAGUCUUCCAAGGAUACAACGGCCGCCCCCCCGCCCAACCCCCCGGCCGUGGAUCCCAUGUCCUUGGACUCGGUGAACGACUUCAUUCAAAAUGCGAUUGGCGAAGCUGAGGAACUUUCCUCCGACGAGUCUCAAGAUGAUAGUCAAGAUGACUCUAGUCAACACUCCGCGAGCCAAGAAGCCCCUGGCACUUCCUCCAUGGCGACGCAAGACCCUGCUGCCCCAUCGGGCUCGUCUGCGGAAUCUUCGACACCGCCCCCCAUCACGAAGGACGAUCUCGACAAGAUGAGAGCGGAGAUGCAAAAUGAUUCGAUAGGCCGCUGCCUGGACGUUAUCAGGGCUCAUCCAGACUUGGUUUUCGAGGUUUGUGACCUCAUCCAGGCCACUGUUCUCAAGUCGGACAGCGAGGAGAAGCGGACUGAAGUUGGCGAGAACCGGCCAUUCUUCAAGGAUACUCUGCCAACGCUGAAGCAGAAUAUUGGGGAGUACCUUGGGUUUCUGAAGGUUUCGCCUACAGCAUCGCAUGAGGAACUACCGUCAUGGAUUCCGUACAUCCUUCUCAUCUUCGAGAUCCUCCUCUCAGACGAUGAACAACCAGUCGAGGUCACAUGGAGGAUGCCGACCAAAGAGGACGAUGCUGUCGAACCGCCGGUGUGGGUGGCCAAGGAUCUCAGCAUGUCAAGCGAGGACCGUUCCAACCUGCUGACAACGAUCUUGGACAUUCUCCCAAGAAUCGGGAAAGAAGAGGCUCUUGCAGUUUCUGUCCUUCGGAUACUUGUGAUCCUCACCAGAGACCACUCGACGGCAAAGGUUAUGGGUGAGAAGCGGAAUCUGCAGCGGCUGUUCGUUAUGGCGAAGCAGUCCUGCAGCGGAGGCUCGGCUCGUCUAAACCAAGCCCACAUUACGGACAACAUUCUGAUCAUUCUUCGUCAUAUCGUCGAGGAUGAAGAUAUGGUCCGCUCGAUGAUGGAAACGGAGAUCAAGCAAUACCUAUCUUCAGCUAGGAACCCUCGCGCUUAUCACGACCUUCAGAGUUACUUGCGGCAUCUUUCCCAUGUGGCGCUCCGCGCACCCAAGCUCUUCGUCGAUGUUACGACAGACCUCGUGAAGUUGAACAGCGGGGCAACGAUGUUUGACCCCGCUGUCCGCACUCACAACCUGUCGCUCAAGGAUAAGAUCGCUGACCAAGAGACCGUCGCACAAGAGGGAUCUGUCGGGUCCGCCGUGCAAGCGACCGAAGACCUAACCAUCGACGACAUCAAGCCAUCAACCGAGUCUGCGGAUAAGGAUAUGGCCGACGCACCAAAGACUCCGUUUGAGGUCAAGCGCCCUGUUCUCGAGAACCCCGAUGGGGUAAUCCAUUUCUUGCUCUGUGAGCUUCUGAAUUACCGGGAAGUUGACGACAAGGAGCCGGCAAGCCAACCUUUGAAAGACUCUCCGGCCGAAGGCGAAUCCUCGAACGCAAGCGGGGAGGCUACGCCCUCCCCCGACCAGCAACCUUCUGAGCAAAAGGAUAAAGACAAGAAAACUCCCAAGCCGACUUUUAAGGCGGAGGAUCACCCGAUCUUCAUCUACCGUUGCUUCUUACUCAACUGCUUGGCCGAGCUCCUGCAAAGCUUCAAUCGUGCAAAGGUCGAGUUCAUCAACUUCAAGCGGAGCGUGCCAAUCCAAACGAACACGCCCAUUAAGCCUCGGUCGAGCGUCCUGAACUAUCUUCUCAAUGAUCUCCUCUGCCUGGGGCCGGCCGGUAUUCCGAUAGACUCGACGAUCAUCAAGAAGAAGGCUGCCACAUCGACUCACGCCCAGGCAGUGCUCGUAGCCUUGGUCUCCCGAACGCCCGAGAAGCCCGUCGACCGCAACCGCAAUCAGUUUGAGUACGACGAUGACUCGGACCUUUUGUUCGUCCGCCGCUUUGUUCUUGAAACGGUUCUUCGCGCGUACAAGGAAGCCACUACUCCAGGGGAGCCAAUCGAAGUGCGCUAUGGCAAGAUGAUGUGCGCCGCCGAACUGAUGAGCUUGAUGAUUGGCGAGAAAGAAAAGGAGAAUCAACCGAGAGAUGCCCGCGCAACGGAUCCUGCCGUCACCCGGUCCCAGAUGCAGCUCAAGCGCCUCAUGUACGAGAAGGGAUACCUCGCCACCUUGACUGCAUCCAUUGCCGACAUCGACCUCACAUUCCCCAACGUCAAGCGCACUAUCAAGUACAUCCUGCGCGUGCUUCGGGCCCUGACAAAGACGGCCUACUUGCUCAGCCAGUCAGACGUUAUUCCCAUGGCCACGACCGAUCAACCCGAGGACGACUUUGCAUCAGCGUCAUCUCUCUCAGAUCUGGACGAUGACCGUGAGGAAACUCCCGAUCUCUACCGCAACUCCACCCUUGGUAUUCUCGAGCCUGGUCGCGAGGAAGAUUUCUCUGACGAGGACGAGGAUGACGACGAUGCCAUGUACGAUGAAGAGCAUUAUGACGAUGAAAUGGAGUAUGGCGAGGAUAUGUCCCAGGACGAUGAAGAAAAUCCUAGCGACGAGGAUGAUGAUGAGCUGCGCGGGAUGGGUCCGAUUGAAGGCAUGCCUGGCGAUCCUGGCGUCGUGGAAGUCAUUAUGGGUGAGAAUGAAGACAUGGACGACGACAUGGAUGAGGACAUGGACGAAGACGACGAGGAAGAACCCAGCGAUGAGGACGAUGAAGAUGAAGAUGAGGACGAAGAUGAGAUGGGCUCCGAAGAUAUGCUGGAGAUGGAAGACCGCAUUGAAAUUAUGGACGAGGAGGGGAAUCCUAUGGACGAUGAGGGGGCAUCCGGUUGGGAGAGCGACACCGACGAGGAUGAGGACGAGGUCGAACAAGACCUCGGGUUUGAAGGGGGCGCGGCACAUGAAAUCCAUGAUGCACUCAUGCAUCAUAGCCAUGGCCUCGAUCCGCUCAGCCGCAUUCCCGAGAUUCUCCGGAACGUUGUGGACGGCGGCGACGAUCUCGAUGCCGAAGACAUGCAGGAUCUCGACGAACACUACCUUGACGAUGGUGCUGAAGAUGAUGACGAGGAAGAGGAAGAUGAAGGUGACGAGGAUGAGGUGUACUACGACCCAGGCCAUCAUCACGAUGACCACCCACCUCCCAACAUGCCCUCGGGCCUCGGCUGGGAUAUUUCCCAGAUUGAGCCCCAUCACCGACUUCGGCAUGGGGGUGCGCGGAGUCCUUUCCCUACUGCUCCGUUCAUGGGAGGGCACCACCGCGAUCCCCUGGGACCCGAUUUCCGAAGCUACUUCCGCCAUAGCACCCAUCGGCCACCCCCAAACCCGACAGACGAUGGUGUCAACCCGUUGUUGCUCUCUGGACGGGAGCCCCGGUGGGAAGCACGCCGCGAGGUGUACCAGGAGCCUCACCAUGCUGUCACAUUCUCCCCCGAGUCUACUGCCGAGCGGUGGCAGGAGGAAGCCAAGAUGAUUUUCGGUUUCAACCACAAUGAAAAGUCAAAGCUCCUGUCUACCGCAAUCCUUGGGAUGCUUUACCCGGCCGUGAUCCAGCGUGAGAAGGAAGCGAAGGCUCGGCAGGAGGAGAAGCGCAAGCAGGAAGAAGAACGCAAGAAGCGCGAGGAAGAGGAGCGCAAGGGACGAGAGGCUAAGGAAGCCGAAGAGAAGGCCGCAAGGGAGAAGAAGGAGGCCGAAGAGCGCGAGCGUGAGGAACGGGAGCGAGCUGAGGCCGAGGCUGCGCUCGCAGCGGAAGAAGCAAAUGCGGUUGCGGAGGCGGCCGUCGAAGAGCCCCAGGCCAUGGAAGGAGUUGAGCCCCACACAGAGGUUCAGGAGGCUGGGCCGCAACCGACUCCGGCGGCGGAACGUGUUGUUACCACUAUCCGCGGCGAAACCGUGGAUGUCACGGAGCUCGGCAUCGACCCCGAAUAUCUUGCAGCGCUACCGGAAGAAUUCAGGGAAGAAGUCAUUGCCCAGACAGUCAGCUCUCGGCGCUCUCAAGCUCGCGAACAAGCUGUCACCGAAGGGGAGAAUACCGAAGUCUUCCAAGAGUUCCUCGAGGCACUUCCGGCAGAACUUCGUAUGGAGAUUGUUCAGCAGGAACGUCAGGAACGCCGCCGCCGUGACCGUGAGGAUCAGCGGAGAGAGGCUACAGCUAUUGGCCAAGACCUCGGUCCCGUCGAGAUGGAUACGGCUAGCAUCCUGUUGACCUUCCCGCCCGCUCUUCGGGAGCAGGUUCUGCUGGAGCAAGGCGAAGACAUCAUGGACCAACUUCCGCCUGAGCUCGCCGCCGAGGCUCGCGCUAUUGCUCAGCGGCACAAUAUUCAUCGUGUCCCGCCCGCGGCCCGUCCCCGGGAAGCUGCGCGUCGCCCCGAUACAGUAGUUGAACCAAAGCCACAGCGGCGCACCAUCGUGCAAAUGCUCGACAAAGCUGGCGUUGCUACACUUCUCCGGCUCAUGUUCAUCACACAGCAGAGUUCUAUCCGAAACUAUCUCUUCGAUGUCUUUGCGCAUGUCUGCGAGAAUCGUCAGAACCGCCUAGAGGUCAUCUCUACUCUCCUUCAGAUCCUUCAGGACGGGAGCACCGAUAUGGAUGCAGUCGAACGCAGCUUCGGCCAGCUGUCGUUGAAGGCGAAGCAACCAAAGGACAAGGACCCCAAGACCCCCCAGAGCCUCAAGCGGACGUUCACCACCACAGGCGCAACCAACCAAAUGUCUGGAAAUUCAGAGGUCUCACCCCUGUUGAUCGUCCAGCAAUGCCUUGACCUUCUGCAAGAGCUCGCGACCAAAAACCCCCAUGUCCCAUCUCUGUUCCUGACGGAGCACGAAACUGUCGCUUCGACGCUCAAGCGGAGCAUCACCCGCAAGGGCAAGGGCAAAGACGUCAGUGCCAAGGCUCAGAAGUACGCUAUCAACUCACUUCUGGCCCUCCUCGAUCGGGACCUCAUCAUGGAGAGCUCAUCGGUCAUGCAACUUCUGGCGGAUCUGCUCAACAAGGUCACGUAUCCGCUGCAGGCUCUCGAACGUCGGCGCAAGGAGGCCGAAGAGGAAUCCAAGAAGAAGGCCGAGAAGAAGGCGGAGGAGAAGACCGAGGAGAGUGCCGAGACCGUUCAACCUUCCGAAGAGCAAGCUUCUGCGGCCCAGGGUGCAGAGCCAUCUGCCGUGGCCUCGACCGAAGAACAAACAACAGCCGAUAGCAAGGAGCAGCCCGAGGCGGAAAGCUCAACGGCCAAGGAACCGAAGGUUGAGGAGAAAAAGGUCCGGCAACUCACCCCGCCCACGAUCCCCGACCACAACCUGAAGAUGGUAAUCAAUGUCUUUGUUGCGCGGGAAUGCAGCUCCAAGACCUUCCAAAACACGAUUUCGACCAUCAAGAACCUCUCCAACAUCCCGGGCGCUAAGAAGGUGUUCGGUGGAGAGCUCGUCUCGCAGGCUCGGAUCCUGAGCGAGAACAUUGUGUCCGACCUUGAGGAUCUGCUCCCUCAUAUUCUGCGGGCCGAGUCGGGAACCGAGAUUCAAGGAAUUGCCCUCGCCAAGUUCUCGCCUGGCGCAUCGGAGCAGAACAAGUUGCUGCGUGUCUUGACUGCUCUGGAUCACCUGUUUGAUACCAAGAGCAAGAAAUUGGGCAACGGUGCAGAGGGCGGCGAGACUACGGACGAGACUAAGGAAGAUCUUCUCGGCUCGCUCUACUGGAACCCAACCUUCGGGACCAUGUGGGAGAAGUUGAGUGGCUGCCUUGGGGCAAUUCGGCAGCGGGAGAGCAUGCUCAACGUGGCAACGAUCCUGUUGCCGCUGAUUGAGUCUCUGAUGGUGGUCUGCAAGAACACGACGCUGAACGAGGCGUCUGCGUCACAGGGUGCGGCCGGGAAGGAGAUGUUGCUGACUAGCCCGCCGCCGGACAACCGCAUUGCAAGCUUGUUCUUCACAUUCACGGAAGACCAUCGGCGUAUCCUCAAUGAGCUUGUGCGGCAGAACCCCAAGCUCAUGUCCGGAACAUUCUCUCUUCUUGUUAAGAACCCAAAGGUCCUCGAGUUCGACAACAAGCGAAACUACUUCAACCGAAGCGUCCAUGCGAAGACCGGCCAGCAGCAGCGGCCGCAGUACCAGCCAUUGCAAUUGUCGGUGCGCCGAGACCAAGUCUUCCACGACUCGUUCAAGUCGCUCUACUUCAAGUCGGGCCCGGAGAUGAAGUUUGGCAAGCUCAACAUCCGCUUCCAUGGCGAGGAGGGCGUCGAUGCCGGUGGCGUCACUCGCGAGUGGUUCCAGGUGCUCGCCCGCCAAAUGUUCGACCCCAACUACGCGCUCUUCAUCCCCGUGUCCUCGGAUCGCACCACGUUCCACCCGAACAAGCUGAGUGGCAUCAACGAUGAGCAUUUGAUGUUCUUCAAGUUCAUCGGGCGAAUCAUUGGCAAGGCCCUGUACGAGGGCCGGCUCCUUGAUUGCUACUUCAGCCGUGCGGUCUACAAGCGGAUCCUUGGCAAGCCGGUGUCGGUCAAGGACAUGGAGUCGUUCGAUCCAGACUACUACAAGUCUCUUGUUUGGAUGCUCGAGAACGACAUUACCGACAUCAUCGUUGAAACCUUUUCGGUGGAGGAUGAUGAGUUCGGCGUGACCAAGGUCGUGGAUCUCAUCGAAAAUGGCCGCAACAUCCCGGUCACAGAAGACAACAAGCACGAGUAUGUGCGAUUGAUCGUGGAGCACAAACUGCUCACAUCGGUCAAGGAGCAGAUGGAGAACUUCCUUAAGGGGUUCCACGAUAUCAUCCCCGAGGAUCUCAUCGCCAUCUUCACAGAGCAGGAGCUUGAGCUGCUCAUUUCCGGCUUGCCAGACAUCGACGUCGACGACUGGAAGAGCAACACUGAGUACCACAACUACACCGCGGCCUCUCAGCAAAUUCAGUGGUUCUGGCGGGCUAUCCGGUCGUUUGACAAGGAAGAGAGGGCAAAGCUCCUGCAGUUCGUGACGGGCACGUCCAAGGUGCCUUUGAACGGCUUCAAGGAGCUGGAAGGUAUGAACGGUGUCAACCGUUUCAACAUCCACCGUGACUACGGUAACAAAGAGCGCCUACCCAGCUCUCACACAUGCUUCAACCAACUCGAUCUCCCCGAGUACGAAAGCUACGACAUUCUGCGCGGCCAGGUGCUCAAGGCCAUUACCGCUGGCAAUGAUUACUUCGGCUUUGCCUAA